AUGCAGAGGGACAAGCACGAACGCGAGGAAAUGCUCGAAAAGCGCAUGGGAGCCAAGAACGAGAUCCACUUCCUCGAGAAGUCGGCCACCAAGGGCAGGGAGCUGCUCGGAGCCUUCUGGGACAAUCGAUCCGCCGAAUUCCUCCAGAAAUGGGAGGCGCUCUCGCUGGAGGAGAAGCGGAAGGUGUUGGGCGACACCCGCAACUUCCUGCUCACGAUGGGCAGCGGGUCCUACUCUACGGCGGUGCUCUACUGCCCCGAGCUCAACGUGGACGACCUCACCGCCACCGCGGAUGCGCAGGCGCCGAGCGGCGCAGCACCUGCUGCCCAGGGCGGACUCACCUUCACGAGCCUGCUCAAGCGCUGCCUCGCCGACCCGGCCACGCAGGCGGACUCGUUCGCCGAACAGUUCCUGGCGCCGCUGGUCAAGCAGAAGCUGCUCGACACGCAGUUCGAGAGCGAGCGGGAGCGCAAGGAGCAGGAGCAGGAGGUCAUGUCCAUGGCGGCCAUGAUCACCGUCAGCCGCCGCUUCAUCCUCCUCACCUUCGCCUGCAAGGUGCUCUCCGAGGUGCUGGGCGUGCCCUUCGACGAACUAGCCCCCGCCACCUCCCUUCUACAGCCCCUCAAGGCCGUCGAGUCGGAGAAUGUGCGCGGAAUGCUGUUCAAGGAGACGCCCAACCUGCGAACCUGCUCCAACCCGAAGUGCGACAACCGGGAGACCAAGGAGAAGACGUUCCUCGUGUGCUCGCUGUGCCGUAAGGCGGGCCUGUCCACGCCGUACUGCUCUCGCGGGUGCCAAGCCGGCGACUGGCCCGAACACAAGAAGACCUGCGGCGUGGCCACCGCGCCCGCCGGCCGUCCCGCGAGCAGCGGCGCCAAAAUCGAAGAGCUCGUCGAAACCAAGCGUGAGCAGCAGCAGCAGCAGAAAGCAUCAUCACCUUCAUCCUCUUCCUCUUCAUCAGCACCACCAGCUCGCACUCAACAACAACAACAGCCCGACGCCGCUGGUGGUCCAGAUCAGGUGUGGGAAAGGAUCCCAGACUCCUCGCUCGCCGGGAUUGACUGA